AAUACAGCUGACAUGAUGGAAGUGGUUCUAACCCGACUGCGGGACUUCUCCUGCAAGGCCACCACCUUUGAUGAACGGAAGCCUACGAAAGGAUGCACAAAUGGAGAAAACACCAAAGUUGACAUUGAGAGUGCCCUAGCAUGGCUACGACGGGAACUGAUAGAAAUGCGCUCCCAGGAUCAAGCUCUGGUCCGCCAGUUGAUGGAGCUUCACUCCGGAAUCCAGGAACUCAAGCAGGAGCUAUCUGAGGAGGAGGAAGAGGACGGGGAUGAGGAAGGCAGUUCCUGGGACUCUGAGAGCGAGCAGGGAAGUGUCUACUCCAGCUGUGGGGAAGUGGGAUCCUCCGUUCCUUCCGUGGAGAAACCUCGCUGCUUUUAUUCCACGGCUUCAGCCAGGAAGUUGUUCAGCAGGAGAAGUUCUGUGCCUUGAAAUAGUCACUCUCUCAUUCCUGGGAUUUUAGUAUUAGUAAAGAUAGAUGUUGGGAAUUCUGGGAAGAAUCUUCCCACAGCAUAAAUGACUAUGACUGUAUGAUAAUAACUCUCGUGUCUUUGUCUGGAAUUAGAAUAUAGA